AUAAACGUUCUCAUGCUGAACAUAUAAAAACGCUGCCAAACUCUGUUUUUCUGCAGUCUUUGAUUGAACAUCGAAAUAUAAAUAUACUUGGUAAAAUGCGACUGGCAAUAUUUGCUUCGAUUUUCAGCCUAAUUGGCUGUGUGGGUCUUUGUAGUGCUUAUAAUUUUUUGAUGGUUCUUAACUCAGCCGGUCGAUCUCAUUUCAAUGUUGGCCAUGCCUUGGCUAAAGGUCUAGUGGCAAAGGGUCACGAAAUUACAGUGGUGUCAGUGUUUCCAUUAAAAAAACCUAUACCAGGAUAUCAUGAUGUGGAUGUGCCUAAUGUAAUUAAAGUAAUGCAAGGUGAUAUAGCAGCUCUAUGGCAAUCCAUUCAAAAGCCACUCACUGAAAAAUUAAUGGAUCACUAUCAAAUGGGUUUUCGCAUCACCAGAGGGCUGUUCGAGGAUCCCAAUUUCCAGAAAUUAUUAGUCAGUAACAGCACUUUUGAUGGUGUCAUCUGUGAAUCAUUCUAUAAUGAUGCCCACUACGGUUUGGCGGAACAUUUUAAGGCCCCGCUGAUUGCAUUAAGUACAGGAGGAGCUUUGACUUUUAUAUCGGAUAUGGUUGGUUCUCCAGCUCCACCGUCUUUUGUUCCUCACAUAAUGCUUUCAUUUGGUGAUCACAUGACAUUCUAUGAACGUUUGGUCAACGUUUUAUUCUUAGCAUAUGAGCGAUUUCUUCUGGACUACUACUAUCUGCCCAAACAGGCUGAAAUCUAUAGGGAAUUCUUCCCCCAUAAUAAACAUAAUUUCUAUGAAAUGCGUCGAAAUGCCUCAUUGGUGUUGAUAAAUCAGCAUUUCUCUCUUGGCUUUCCGCGCCCAUAUGCGCCUAAUAUGAUUGAAGUGGCUGGACUUCAUGUUGAUGACAAUCAGAAGCCAUUACCGCCAGCAAUUGAAAAAUUCAUAAAUGAAUCAAACCAUGGAGCCAUAUAUUUCUCCAUGGGAUCGAAUUUAAAAAGCAAAGAUUUGCCAGCUGAGAAGAUUGCAGAGAUUUUACAAGCAUUUCGAGGACUAAAGCAGAGAGUUUUAUGGAAAUUCGAGUUAGAUGACCUGCCCAAUAAGCCGGAUAAUGUCUAUAUAUCUAAUUGGUUUCCUCAAACAGACAUUCUGGCACAUCCAAACAUUUUGGCAUUCAUUACACACGGUGGCAUGCUUAGCACAACGGAAUCGAUAUAUCUUGGCAAACCUGUUAUCGGCUAUCCCAUAUUCAGUGACCAGUUCAGUAAUAUGGCUCACGCCGAACAGAUCGGCUAUGGCAUUAAGCUGGACUUCCAGAAAUUAAAUAGUAAGGAUUUGCGUGCUGCUAUCGAAAGAAUUACCAGUGUACGUUCAUAUAGUGAACGUGUUCAGGCAAUAUCUCAAAGAUAUCGAGAUCAGCAGCAAAAACCUUUGGAUAAUGCCGUUUUUUGGGUAGAACAUGUGGUUAGGCAUAAAGGAGCGGACUAUCUAAAAAGUGCUGGACAACGUCUAAAUUGGUGGCAAUAUCAUAUUGUUGAUGUUUUAGCCGUGAUAUCUAUUUCUGUUAUUCUAACGCUCACUGUUCUAUUCUGGGCAUUGUGGAAAUUAUUGAGCAAACUGCUAAAUGGUAAAACGAAAAACAUUAAGGAAAAACAGAAACGUAAUUGAAAUUAAGUGAAUUGAAAAUUUUAAUAUACAUUCUAUAUAUAA